CCUCUGACUGUUAAGUCAUUCUGGUCUCUGAGCUCCAGGCUUUUACGGUUGGACAGCCCUGGCUGGUGCCUCAGAUCGAAUCAUGACUAUAUUCUUGAAAAAUGUAUGGAAUUUUUCUGAUUGGGAGAUGGAUGAGGAUUUCACCGGCACACCACCCACAGAAAACUAUUAUAGCCCCUGUUCGAUGGACACUGAGACACUCAACAAGUAUGCCGUGGUCGUAAUCUAUGCACUGGUCUUUCUGCUGAGCCUGCUGGGAAACUCCUUGGUGAUGCUGGUUGUAUUAUACAGCAGGAUCGGCCGCUCUGUCACUGAUGUCUACCUGGCCAUUGCCGACAUGCUUUUCGCCCUGACCUUGCCUAUCUGGGCUGUCUCCAAAGUAAAGGGCUGGAUCUAUAGCACAAUCCUGUGCAAGAUGGUCUCACUCCUGAAGGAAGUCAACUUCUACAGCAGCAUCCUGCUGUUGGCCUGUAUCAGUGUGGACCGCUACCUGGCCAUUGUCCACGCCACACGCACGCUGACUCAGAAGCGGCACUGGGUCAAGUUCAUAUGCUUAGGCAUCUGGGCGCUAUCCCUGAUCCUAUCUCUGCCCAUCUUUGUCUUUCGCAAGGCUUUCUACCCUCCUAAUUCCAGCCCGGUCUGCUAUGAGGACAUAGGUGUCAACACAACAAGAUGGCGCAUGGUGAUGCGGGUCCUGCCCCAGACCUUUGGCUUCCUCCUGCCGCUGCUGGUCAUGCUGUUCUGCUACGGAUUCACCCUGCGCACGCUGUUUCAGGCCCACAUGGGGCAGAAGCACCGGGCCAUGAGAGUCAUCUUUGCCGUCGUGCUUGUCUUCCUGCUCUGCUGGCUGCCCUACAACCUGGUCCUGGUGGCAGACACUUUCAUGAGGCUCGGCGUGAUCAAGGAGACCUGUGAGCGCCGCAACGACAUCGGCCGGGCCCUGGAUGCCACCGAGAUCCUGGGCUUCUUGCACAGCUGCCUCAAUCCCCUCAUCUACGCCUUCAUCGGCCAGAAGUUUCGCCACGGACUCCUCAAGAUCAUGGCCAUCCAUGGCCUGGUCAGCAAGGAGUUUCUGGCCAAGGACGGCAAGCCUUCCUUUGUGGGGUCUUCUUCAGGGAACACUUCUACUACCUUCUAAGACCUCUGCUCCUAUUGCAGCCCCUCGGGCCUCCUCCCUUCCUGUCAGCACCCAAGCCUCAUGCCCACUGGCCGUUCGCAGUCUCUGUGUCAAGGAAGCCCCCAUCAAGGUUACAGGAAGUUGCUGAGACUGUAUCCUUACCAGGCCCUCAUUGCAUUGAAAGCCUGCCCUGGUGCCCCGCCCCUUACUGGAAUUACUAUGUCCGCUGCUAGAGCUCUGUCCAUCCUACCACUGAGCCCAUAGCACUCUGUCUUCGGAGACAUUUUAAAGACACUCUUUUAAGUGAUUGUAAAAAUUUCCCACCAUUGGGAGCUAUUAGUGGCAAACACCAUAGUCGCUUCCCCAGCUCUCCCUUUCCUUGCUUGCUAGCAAAGUCCACUUCCCUUGAGAGAGGCCGAAAAUGACAGAUACUCACUUUCUAGGACUCCCUGAAGCUAGGAGUGGCCAUAUCCUCUCAUUGUGGCUAAUAAGACUUAAGGGCAAUUGUGUACUGGUAAACCACUCUCCUAGGGAAAAAAGUCCUGAUUUGUAGCAUUUGCAAAGUUGCAUGGUAUAAAUGCU